CACCUUAUCCUGCAAGAGCUGAAAUAUGUCAGCGGUGUUGGUCGUUCAUGGUGGUGCCUGGGCUAUUCCAGAUGAGCUGGCCCCAGUUUCUGUUCAAGGAGUAAAAGCUGCUGCACGGCAUGGAUCGUCUGUGCUUAGAAGUGGAGGCAGUUUGGUGGAUGCUGUUGAGGCUGCUGUUAGGGCUUUGGAGGACAACACCGUCUUUAAUGCAGGGCAUGGGGCAACGCUAAAAAUUGAUGGAGAAGUGCAGCUGGAUGCCAUUAUAGUGGAUGGAAAGACGCUUGCCUUUGGUUCGGUGUCUUGCGUAAAGAACAUCGCUAACCCUGUGUCACUGGCAAGGGCAGUCAUGGAGAAGACGUCCCAUGUAAUGCUGACGGGCAGAGGUGCAGACAAGUUUGCAGAGAGCAUCGGGAUCGCCAUGGUUCCUACAGAUAAACUGGUGACUGAAUGUGAGAGGAAGGAAUGGGAAAAACACAAGAAAUACAUCGCAGCAGUAAAUGAAGAAUUCAACACACAGUGGGCCCACGAUACUGUUGGGGCUGUAGCUCUGGACUCUGCAGGGAACGUUGCAUGUGCAACAUCCACUGGAGGGACCAGACAUAAAAUGGUUGGCAGAGUUGGAGAUUCUCCUGUCAUUGGCUGUGGAGCAUAUGCAGACAACAUCAGUGGUGCUGUAUCGUGUACUGGUCAUGGAGAAUCGAUUCUUAAAGUGACGCUGGCCAGACUCAUCCUUUCACAUGUUGAACAAGGGAAGUCUGUAGAAGAUGCCUCACAGUUGUCCCUGCAGCACAUGGGUGAUCGGGUCCAAGGAGCAGGUGGUGCCAUUGUAGUUUCUCCAUCAGGGCAGUGGGCUGCUACAUUCACCACCAAGCGGAUGGCCUGGGCUGCUGCUGAAGAUGAUGUGCUGUGGUUUGGAAUAGACCCAAAGGAGAAGCUGAAAGAGAAACUGUCCCUGUAG